CACCUGCGUCACGUCGGACUCAAAAAGCCCGGCGGUGAUCCAUCUGACUCCGGGUCAGCGAGGCGUCGUGUUCUCCCGACAAGUUCCGCCAUUUCCCCCCACUUGAGGCCUGUUCUGUUCUGUGCUUCUUUCCCACCAUUGCGCUACAUCGGCGACGGCGGCACCGGGAGGCGGAGCGGCGUGAGGCGAGCUGACAGACAGCGGGAAGGCAGGCGGGGAUCCGGUGUGCCACAGCGGCAUGAGAGCGAGACCCGCGGCGGAAGAGUGCAAACACCGCAACCUGUAUGUGUGACGGGCAGCUAUGCGGCGCCACGACACAUUGUGAACGUGUGUUGUUGUUGUCGCCACAUUCCGCCCCCUUAUUAUAAUAGCCGACUAGCUUAGCUCUGAUUUCAUACCGACCAACGCCGUGGGAGAGGCAAGGAGGGGUCCGGCCAGGUUUCGCAAGGAGGUGGACGUUUUAUUCUCCCUCCGCUAGGGCUCGCUGACGACGAUAAACGCCAGCAAGUGCUCUUUCCCCCCCAUCCCCAGAUUUCUUUUUGUGUGUUGUACGGAGUGAGCGAAGAUGUCCGGGCAGAGCAUUACGGAUCGGAUAACGGCAGCCCAGCACAGCGUAACGGGAUGCGCCGUGUCCAAAACAGUAUGCAAGGCCACCACUCACGAAGUAAUGGGCCCGAAGAAGAAACAUUUAGACUAUUUGAUCCACUGCACCAAUGAGAUGAACGUGAACAUUCCCCAACUGGCCGACUCGUUGUUUGAACGGACCACCAACACAAGCUGGGUGGUCGUGUUCAAGUCGCUGAUCACCACACACCACCUUAUGGUAUAUGGCAACGAGGUGAGUCUUUCUUACCUUGCUUCGAGGAACACAUUAUUCAACCUCAGUAAUUUCUUGGACAAAAGUGGCCUGCAAGGGUACGACAUGUCCACGUUCAUCCGGAGGUACAGUCGAUACCUGAACGAGAAGGCCGUUUCGUACAGACAGGUUGCCUUUGACUUCACCAAAGUUAAGCGAGGAGUGGACGGCGUCAUGCGGACCAUGAAUACAGAGAAGCUGCUGAAGACCAUCCCCAUUAUUCAGAACCAGAUGGACGCCCUCCUUGAUUUCAAUGUCAAUGCCAACGAGUUGACUAAUGGGGUCAUCAAUGCAGCCUUCAUGCUCCUUUUCAAAGACUCCAUCAGACUCUUUGCCGCCUAUAACGAAGGCAUCAUCAACCUGCUUGAGAAAUACUUUGACAUGAAGAAAACCCAGUGCAAAGAAGGGCUGGAUAUCUACAAGAAGUUCCUCACCCGAAUGACCCGGAUAUCAGAGUUCCUCAAAGUAGCUGAGCAGGUGGGCAUUGACCGAGGAGACAUUCCAGACCUUUCCCAGGCUCCCAGCAGCCUCUUGGAAGCUCUAGAGCAGCACUUGGCCUCUUUAGAGGGCAAAAAGGUGAAAGACUCCACAGCAGCCAGCAGGGCCAGCACUUUGUCCAAUGCCGUGUCGUCGCUGGCGAGCACGGGAAUGUCUUUCACGAAAGUGGAUGAGCGGGAAAAGCAAGCAGCACUGGAAGAAGAACAGGCCCGACUCAAAGCACUGAAGGAACAAAGACUCAAGGAGCUCUCCAAGAGGCCCUCCUUUGCCACCACCGAUACGUCGCCCAUUUCCACCACAGGGGGAACUAUUAACACAGCUCCGGCCAUUGACCUAUUCUCCACACCGAGCUGUUCUAACGGUGCAGUGAAAAUGGAGAGCGACCUAUUUGACCUUCAGUCCACGUUCCAGCCACCCAUGCAGUCCGCCUCGUCAGGGCUCCCCGUGGCGACGGCGUGGGCAGAUCCUUUCACCUCUGCCGAAGCUGGAGAUGACUCCAUGCCAAACCUUAACCCUUUCCUGUCAAAACUCGUUGUCGAUGCCUCUCACUUACCUGCCGUGUCUUCAGACGGUGUUAGCUUUUCCACUAGGACAUCUGCUCAUGAAAUGUUUGGUGAUCGUUACAAUCCCUUUAUUGACACAAACUCGUCAGUUUCAGCCAAUAAUAAAUGCACAGUGCGGCUAGAACACUCUAUCUCAGACUCCUUCUGUGGCCCAGUGUCCAUUGCCCAGCACCUCCCACACCAGGCUCCCUUCCCCACAGAGCCCUCUACUGUAGCAGGUCUAUUCAGAGGAUACUCAACGCCUCAGCCCCCUCCCCAGCCACCUGCAGGAGGUCUCCAAGUGGACUUUGAGUCUGUGUUUGGAGCCAAAGCUACUGGCAGCAACAGCCUCAAUGCUGAAGAUAUCGCCGGGGGUAUCCUGAAACCCACUCUUGCUGCUUCCAACCUACCGUCCAAUCAGCAGCCAGAGAAGCUGGUGUCGGACGACCUUGAGUCCUCCCUUGCCAACCUUGUUGGUAACCUUGGCAUUGGAAAUGGGACCAUGAAAAAUGACAUCCACUGGAGUCAACCCGGUGAGAAGAGGAUGACAGGCGGCACAAACUGGCAACCUAAAGCGGCGCCGACGACGACUUGGAAUCCCGUCUCCAUGCCGCCAUCCACUAUGGCCUUCCCUGCCACCACACCCACAGGCAUGAUGGGCUACGGCAUGCCUCCACACAUGAGUUCCAUGGGCAUGAUGAAUCCUCCCACCUUGAUGUACAGUCAACCUGUGAUGAGGCCGCCCAACCCUUUUGGCUCGGUGUCCAGCACUCAGCCCUCGGCAGCCUCUAGUCCUUCCAGCCAGAGUCCUCUCCGAGCCCCCGGACAGGACCCGUUUGCACACCUAUCUCUCAAGGAUUUCUUGUAGAGCGUCUCUUUAGACGCAGUUCAUGUAACUUUGAAGAGCUCAUCUCUCUUGGAAAGGUGAAGCACUUAGCAGCAAAAAGCCUUGUCCUCGUCGAGGUCUCCGGAGAGGCAUUCACGUACCCCACCCUGCCCUUGCCCUCUUAGACCCCCACCACACACUCACACAUGCACCCUCACAAAAUAUCAAUUGUGUUGAGAGCUGCGGCGGCUUCCAGUAACCUUGGUAACAGAGGAUUCCCUCUCCGUUUUACAGUGUCAUCUGUAAAAGUAGUUCUGGCUGCUGAAAAACUUUGAUGUUCUGUAUUUGGGUAAAAAGGAAAAAAAAAGAAAAAAAACAACUUAAAACUACGGUCGGGUUUUGAGUGAGCGGAGCGGUGCGUUAGUUGUAGGGCGAUGGCGACCUUCCCUUCUUUUUUUUUUCCUCGAUGCCACAAAAUCACCCUUCACGGUGUAGCGAUGCUAACGACGUUUACGCCCGUUUAGUUUGUCUUUUUUACCGUGUUUACAGUAGACAUUCCCUGUGUGUCGUUUGUAUUUAUUUAUGAUUGUCAGUCGAAGGAGCUCGAGUGGGGGUUUCUUGUAAAAUCAACAGCGCAUAAUAAUGGAGCAUCGAACAUGCGUGGGAGUGCUUGAGCUAUCAUCAAGUGGUAGAGUGACAAAUAGCUAUUGUAUAAAUGACACCUAUUAAGCCGAAUGAUAGAGCACUAAAUAUUGACUUUGUUCAUUUGUUUUUUUGUUGUUGUUUUUUUUAACUAUUGUUAGAUGAAAAUUUAAAAACUUAUUAUAAAUUCACAGCUGCCACUGUGCUGAGAGUGCAGAUGUUUCCACUAAAGCUUGGGUGGGAAACCAAUGCGG